CAGCAGCUACUUCCUCCCCAUCCCAUCUUCUCAGCCCAAUAUACAAGCUUUUUGUUGUGUCUGUGUGAUCAAUUUGUCUCGACAUUUUCCUUCACAUUGCUUCAGACACUCCACGAAAUGGCUGCGCAAGUUACUCCUUCCAAGCAGGCUGCAUCCUCUCUCGAGAACCUUAAGAUGAGCGAUUCACCUGUGAAGAAGCUCAACUUCGGAGUUGUGGGCAAGGAGAACGCGCCGUCGUCCACAACCCUCGCCGACGCGCCGACCGAAAAGAUUGCAGAAAAGCCUACGGAAGCUUCCAAAGUUGCUCAGAGUGUCAAGGAACUCGAGGCAAAUGAACCACUGCUUCAAGAGAACCCUCAUCGCUUCGUACUCUUCCCAAUCAAGUAUCAUGAGAUCUGGCAAAUGUACAAGAAAGCCGAAGCUUCCUUCUGGACCGCCGAAGAGAUUGAUCUCUCCAAAGAUCUGCACGACUGGAACAACCGCCUGAAUGACGAUGAGCGUUACUUCAUCUCUCAUGUCCUUGCCUUCUUCGCUGCCUCUGACGGAAUCGUCAAUGAGAACCUGCUGGAGCGCUUCAGCAAUGAGGUGCAGGUGCCUGAGGCUCGGUGCUUCUACGGCUUCCAGAUCAUGAUUGAGAACAUUCAUUCGGAGACAUACUCCCUGCUGAUUGAUACAUACAUAAAGGAGCCUAAGCAGCGCACCUACCUCUUUGAUGCCAUUGAUACCAUUCCUUGUAUCGCCAAGAAGGCCCAGUGGGCCAUGACAUGGAUUUCGGAUAAGGAGUCUACUUUCGCUCAGCGUCUUGUGGCCUUCGCCGCUGUGGAGGGCAUCUUCUUCUCUGGAUCUUUUGCUUCCAUCUUCUGGCUGAAGAAGCGUGGAUUGAUGCCUGGUCUCACUUUCUCCAACGAGCUCAUCUCUCGUGACGAGGGACUGCACACGGACUUUGCUUGCCUUCUCUUCUCUCACUUGAACCAUCGCCCCGACAAGAAGGUUGUUGAGGAUAUCAUCGUUGAGGCUGUGGCCAUCGAACAGGAGUUCCUGACAGACGCUCUUCCUGUUGCUCUCCUGGGCAUGAACUCUAAGCUGAUGUGCCAGUACAUUGAGUUCGUUGCUGAUCGGCUGUUGGUCGCCCUCGGAAACAAGAAGUACUACAACUCUCCCAACCCCUUCGACUUCAUGGAAAGUAUCUCGCUUGCAGGAAAGACCAACUUCUUUGAGAAGCGUGUUGGUGACUACCAGAAGGCCGGUGUCAUGGCCAGCACCAAGAAGGAUGCCAGCCAGGACACUGCCAAGGACGCCAACGAUGGAGGUCUCAGCUUUGACGAGGACUUCUAAACCAACACUGAACGACUUAUACCCAGCUGUGUGCCAUGUUCGGGACCCUUGGGAGGGUCUCUGGCGCCUGCCAUUUGAUAUGCAGAUAAUUGUCUCGUUCGCUCACCUUCGUUAUUGAUUUAUGAUAAUUCUAUUUUUUUGAGGGCUACGCAUGGGCACGGCGUUGGGAACUGGCGGAAUUUUUCUUUGAGUGUCUGUAUUAUGAGUCUUCCACUCCGCCAUUCAGACAAUGUUCGGCAUAUAAUGAGUGUGUGGACGGAUGCAAUGUAUUUAGAAAGGAUAGCACUUUAUAUUCCACUUGGAUAUUUUGAUAGAUCUUUUUUUGAAUAGUUCUU